UAUUUUAAUUAAAUAUUGCUGAUGACAUAUGCAGAGGACCCAGUCUCUCCAUUCAGUGUGCAGGGGGUUAAAGUUAUCCUUCUCGUUCGGAGGUAAGGGCAAGAGUGCUCAUAGUCUGCGCCCCUUGCUACAAGACACUCCCACCUUCUGCUUUUGAUAUCCCCACACUCUCCUCUAAGACUAGACGAUGUUGAGCCGUGCCAACUAAAGACUUUCUAGACACGAAUACGCGCAAGGAACGUCGCAGAAAAGCUGAGGGAGAGAUUAAGAGAGGGAAGGAGUCAGAACUAUAUCAUUCCUCGAAUACGACUGCGACGUUAUCAGAAUCCUAACAACAAGAAGGGUGUGAAGGAAGCAGUAUCAUCCUUGUUGGUGCUGGACGGACACCAGCUGAUGAGUAGAAGGCUAUCAUACGCGUUGAAGAACACUGAAGACAUGGAGGGCGCUUACCAACAAUUUUCAGUCUGACACCACUGAUCAGACAGGAUCCACAGUUGAACCCAGAGCAGCUGAUCAGACAGCAUCCACAGUUGAACCCAGAGCAGCUGAUCAGACAGGAUCUUCAGUUGAACCCAGAGUAUCUGAUCAGACAGGAUCCCCAGUUGAACCCAGAGUAUCUGAUCAGACAGCAUCCUCAGUUGAACCCAGAACAGCUGAUCACACAGGAUCCUCAGUUGAAUCCAGAUCAGCCAUCCAGAUGGCUCACCUCUUCCUGGCAGGUAAACCCUCCCUUCCUGACGACCCGGCAAGCAAACCCUCAACCAAGGUUCCCAUGACAACGGGUCAGGCGGCGUCAGACAGGAAAUCUAAGGAGAAGCCGAACAACAAGGACCGUAGCAGCGACGGCCUAGUGACCACCGUGCCGUUAAUCAAUGAGGUCCAGCUCACUGCAGCCACGGGAGGGGCGGAGCUGUCCUGCUACCGUUGCACGGUACCGUUUGGCGUGGUGGUUCUGAUCGCCGGUGUUGUGGUGACGGCAGUGGCAUACAGUUUCAACUCCCACGGAUCCACCAUCUCAGUCCUGGGCCUGGUGCUGCUGGCGUCUGGGCUGGGUCUCCUGGGCUCCAGCCUGCUCUGCUGGAGGGCCCGCCAGGGGAGGAGGAGGAGGGAGAGGAGGAGGGAGAGCCAGACAGCUCUCAUGGCUGGGCAGGGAGCCAUGGCCUGAGGGUUUGAGGAGCAGAUGGAGGGAGGAAGAUGUUGGAGAGAUGGAUAUGUUGGGGGAAAAGGGGUAACGGUUCCCUUCGGAUCAUGAAGAAGAGAUAGAGGAUGGACAGACAGAGAGAGACAGAGAGAGAGGAGGGAUAGAAGGAGAGAGACAGAGAGGGUAGAUAGAUAGAAAGGGAGAGAGGAUGGAGAGAAGUCCUACAGUGGAAAGUUUGUUAGUUAGUUUAGGGUUGAUUCCCCCUGUGUCCAGAUGUGGACUGAUGGAUGGCUGGACUAGCUGUAGAUACAGACAGGAUGGGUGAGGCCUUCCCUGGAUUCUCUUCUUCAUGAGCUGGGACCACAGACUGUAAAAAGAAUGGACGACGCGUCUCCGCUUCCUCCCACUGUACAAAAAUGAAAGCCAAAAUAUCCCCGGAUCCGGGUGCUGCCAUCUUGCACUGGUGAUGUCAUUUGGAGCCAGAGUCUGCGCUGUAGUGAUCUGGUGGUGGAGCCGCGGUAUCGAGGUCCCUCCCAUACACUCGCCCGACCCAAUCGCGAGCACACUCUAAUCCCUUUUUAUAUAGUCAAAUAACCAACACAAAACGCUGAUCCAAAAAAAAGAGCACUUGAACAGACAUCAGCGUGAUAAGAGCUACCUAAUAUGACUGAAAGCAUCUUUGGAUGUCUUCAAAAAAAUGAUGAUUCUUUAGUUUGGCUCAUGUCCCAUCCUCUAACAUGGAGGGGGCGGGACUUGUGGCCCAUACUGUAGCCCACCAACUGGGGGCGAUCAAGAUGUUUGGGCUUUUGAGGAGCUGUCAUGCAGUCCUUUCUUUUUGCCGUCUAUGGCUGGGAGAAUCAAGUCGUUGAGUGAUGGACCGUUUUGUUGAUAAUGUUUAUGUAUAGAGUGAUAUUGUGUCUGUGAAUCUAUUUGCUGCUAUUAUGUUGACAUUUAAAAAGAACAUUAAAGGUACGGCAAGUUCAUGUUUUGUUGAUAAAUAGGCCUAUGUGACUUUACAGUGAUGAAAUGUAAAAAAAGUAAAACUCGAUACUUCUA